CAACAGUAACGCGAAGUACUCCCAAGGUAACAAAGUUCCAAGAUGUCAUAACCCUAAGGGAUGUUUUGCUGAGUGAUCUAUCCCUUACAGCUUCACUAUGGCGGAGCACUGAACCAGCACUGUUGAGAUAGCUGUUGGAUACUACCAGUCAUAUGGUCUUGGAAACAUCGGCUUUCCGUAAAUCAUUACUAUCCUAACCACUGCAGAGUUCUUGUCGUUGCCUCUUGGAAUUUCGAUGUCCUUCACCAACGCGCUUGAGUCUUGUGGCGGAGUGACUGAGCCACGGGGUUCCCAGAAAUCACGUCCGCCCAGGGGGUGAGCGCAAGAAAGGAUCCCAGAGCAGCGAAAGAAUCCACAAAGAAGCCUGCCUUCACGUUUCCUACGCGCGGGAAUAACAUAGCAUACAUUUGUCCAACAGGAUCACAUCGAACUCGUUACAGUUAUCAGACAAAAUGCGCCGCUCGUCGAGAAAGCUCGCGUCUUCUACUCCGACGGCUUCGCCUGCUCCCGCGAGAGCGACGGGGACCGUUACGCCAAAGACUUUGCCAAGAGCUGCUGCGGCUUCUACACCUGUAUCGACACGCUCUACGCGCCGAUCCACGCGUUUGAAGACUAUGGUUGCGCCUGAAGAAGAGGAAGAAGAGCAGGAGGAGGAAGCGAAUGAGGGAAUGUCGCCGAUCAAGCCAGGGGAUAUUCUGGUGCCUUUGAAGGAUGCGGAUGAACCGAUGCCAGCGAGGAGUGUGAAGAGGAAGAGGCAAAGGUUGAGUGAGAUUUUGGGAGAUGCGCCGUCGCCGGUGGUUGCAGAGGCGGAGACUGCGGAGGAAUCAGAGCAGGAGCCAGAGCAAGAAGAGGAGCAGGAAGAGGAAGCAGAAGAAGAACAUCAGGAGGAAGAAGUCAAGCAAUUCACACCAGCAUCUUCUGCUAAGAAGCGCAAGCCAUCUCGUCUCUCAGAAAUCCUUUCGAACCCCACAGACAUGCAUACACCCCUCCGCAAGGCAGCUCUAUCACCCAAAUCGGGUGCGGAGUCUGACGACUCAUUCGAGAGGAGCUUGGUAUAUGACGAAGAGAGGGGCGCGAGGGUCAGUUUGAGUGGUCUUGGGUUCAGUCCGAGUAAGAAGCGAAGCAUUAUCGCACCAGAAGGGAAGAAGGUUAAGGCUUUCUCGGCAUUUAGCCCGAGUAAGGCGAGUUCGAAGAAUCCGUUGGGGUCGCCGAUGAGGCCCACAAGACCGGUGCAGCCGAAUCUUAUGAAGACUGCCGCGUCGCUGGUGAAGGCACCAGCACCAGCACCAGCACCGGCACCAACACAUCCUGCACCGACGAAGAAGCGUCAACGCUCGGACUCGGCAUCACCCCGACCAACCUUUACAACAGGUACACUCUCAAUGCCUGUCGAUUCCCCCGCCCCCCUCAAACGUCGCAAAAUCGAAACAACUUCCCCGAUCCGCCGCGCCCUCCAACCCCCACCCGCUGCCCCCAAGGUAACCAAGCCAUCAUCCCCCAAACUCUCCGCCUUCGCCGCAAAACGCCAUCUCGAACUCGAUCAGAAAAGGGAGGAAGUCGCUGUCGCUGACCGUGCCCGCCGCGAAUUCAAAGCGAAGCCGGUUCCGAUGGCAGUCUACAACCCCGAGGGCGCGAGUGUUGGUCAGAAGAAAGCAGGGGGUACUACUACGACUGAGGUCAAGGAGUUCAGUUUCGCUACGGAUCGGAGGGCGAGUGUGAGGAAAUCUAUGGUGGGACAGGAAAAGCCCCUUCUCGCUAAACCCUCUCGUCCUGUCCCGGGCCAAGUCAUACCCCAAAAGAAACGCGCACCCUCCACGACCUCCGCGACCGAAAAAGAACCCUUCAUCCCCCACCCCUCCCACCAACCCCUCACAACCCCCCACUCCCCUCACUUCUCCCUCACCUCUCGCUCCCAAGCCCGCGAAUCAUACGACAUAUCCGCCGACCAAAAACGUAAAGAAUGGGAAGACAAAAAAUCUGCUGAAGCGGAGCGGUUGAGGUUGUUGAAGGAGGAGAGGGCGCUGGCGGGAAAAGCGGGGAUUGAGAAAGUUAUGCAGUGGGCGAAGAAGAGGGAGGUGGAGAGAAAUGUGCCGGAUUUGUCCAAGUAAGCACGCAGCUCGGAGAUGUAUGGGCCGAUGUAAGUGAGAGGAAUAAUAUUG